GCGCGCUACGAACGCGUCCGCUACGCCGUAGCCGGCUGCGACUACGUACUACGACACCUGUGACUGUGACCUGGUGACGUGUUGUGAAUAUACUACCGUGAUUUUUAUCUGAACUAGUACUUAUACAAGUGGGUGGUAAAUAAGAAUACAGAGCUGAUAGCAGAACCAGAAACGAAUCAGACAGUCACCGAGCAAUAAAUUCGGCACGUCCGAGAGCUGAGGGAGAGUGGGGCAAAGUGGAAUAGUUGCAAUAGUUCCCAAGUUUGGAGGCACGAGUGGCAGGUGUCACGGGGACCAUGGGCCGGGGGGGUGGCGGGGGAUAGCAUGCCAGCGCCUGCCACGGCCGCCUGAUGGCGCUAGUGCGCCGCAUACUAGGUGACGCCCAGGCGAAACUCCGUAAAAUGGUGGAUGAGCAAGUGUCAGUGGGAGCGAGGGUCGAGGCGGACUCGGAGCCGGAGCCCGCUGAUCCCCUCAUCACGCCGGCCAGCUCGGCGCUCGGCCCCGACCUGGAUCCCCGCCCGAUCCCCCCCGAGCGUCGGCUGCUCAUCGGGACCCUGGACAAACGGAACGGGUCACUCAACGGGGACAAAGAUGGCACGCUUAAUAGAACCACCAGGCUGUCCAUCCGAAAUGGGAAAGACAACCCUUUCAUAGAUUUCCCAACAGACGACGACAAUAAAGAGAACCAAGCCAAUGGUAAACUUGAAUCCCCAGUCAAGUGGUCGACUCAAAACGGCAGCGACAGUGGGACCUACGCCGAGAUUGGCACCGGAGGAACCAGUAACACCAGCGAGAGGAAUGUCCUGGAUCCGGCAGACAGCUCGGAGGAAGAAGUCCCUCUGCCUGAUGCUACUUCUCCGGGCAGGAGUAGCGAUGGACCGGAGCCCCGGGCUGAUAUCACUGCAACGCUCGAUGGAGAAGCAGCAUCCCCUGGCGGCCGGUCGGACAGGUCCCGGCAGGAGGAGGUCCCGGCUUCCCCUGGGAUGCUCACCGCGGCGCAGCUGGCCAGGAGGCUGAGGCUCGAAAACGAACGGUUGCAGGCCGAACUGACAAGAGUGAGACGUCUUCUGGUGGCAGCCGCUGAGAGGGGCGAAGCUGGUACGGCCCUGAUCGAGAGAGCUAAGGGCGACGGGGGCCAGGAGGAACCAGCGCUGGACCCUCAGCAGCUUGAAAAGGAACUACUGCUGGCGAGAGAAGCUGUUAAUUCUCUGAAGGCAGACAAAAAACGAUUAAAAGCAGAGAAAUUUGAUUUAUUAAAUCAAAUGAAACAGCUGUAUGCAACGUUAGAAGACAAAGAAAAGGAAUUACGAGAUUUUAUACGAAACUACGAACAGAUGCGUUCUCGAGGCGGCGCAUCAUCAGCUCUGGGAGCUGAGCGAGCGGAGCGCGAGCGCGAACGAGCGGCGUUGUUGCGCCACGCUCGCGACGAAGCCGAACGCUCGCUGCAGCUUGCCGCCGCUCUCAGCGCUCGCGACACUCAGCUGCGACAUGCCAGGGAACAGCUGUUUGAGGCUCGAAGACAGCUCCAAGCUGCCGGUUGUUUAUCAGAGGGAGAGAGCGUCGCCUCUCUCGGCAUAGGUCCUCCGAUGAUGCUGGGACCUUCGGGGAUGAUCGGCGACAGGGGCAGCUGCAGUGCCGACUCUGGUGUUAGAGUGAGCCCUUACUUGUCAGUAACAGGUAGCAGUGACGGUGGCGCCACCUCCGUCUGCGGCGGGAACCUGUCAGACUCCACGGCCGAAGGCGCUCCUCCGACCAUAGAUGCGUACGACACCGAUGCCAUUUCUUUGGUCUCGUCUGCUCACCACAUAUACCAACUGAGCACCCCUCGGGAUUGCAGCCCCACUCUCUCGCCACACAACAGCGCGUCUCCGUUCACGCGCUCCAUCGAUGCUGGGUCUCUCUCCAGGUCAGUUGAGCAGCUGUCAAGCCCUGGCGAAUGCGAGGCGGCUCUAGUGGGGGGCAUGAGGACGCGGGCCGGAGGGGGCAAGGGGGGCCGCGGUCGUGGGUCCGCUUGGGGGUCCAUCUCGCGAGUCUUCGCGCGAAGCAGGCAUCGCACCAAGUCCGGCAGUGCGGCUGUCAGCGGCCAUGAAAGUGAGCCGGUCUACGCUGGCACUGGCAGCACAGCGCGCGCUUGGUCGCCGCUCGGCAGCGAGGCAGCGCUCCGGGAGGCAGCUUCGCUUCCUCUAUCUCGAUGGAGGGCGCCAGCCAUCAUCGCCUGGCUGGAACUGGCGCUGGGCAUGCCGCAGUAUGCUGCUGCGGUCGCUGAUAAUGUCAAGAGCGGGAAGGUUCUGCUCGAGCUGACGGACGCGGACUUGGAAGUGGGGCUGGGCAUCACGCAGCCGAUGCACCGCAAGAAGCUGAGGCUGGCGAUCGAGGAGCGAAGGCGGCCGGAUCUGGUCAGGAACCCGAGUAUAGGGCAGCUGACACAUGCCUGGGUGGCCGCGGAAUGGCUGCCGGAUUUGGGUCUAUCACAGUAUGCCGAGUCAUUUUUGGCCAACUUAGUGGAUGCUAGAAUGCUGGACACCAUUAGCAAAAAGGAGUUGGAGAAGUACCUCGGUGUGACGAGGAAGUUCCACCAAGCCUCAAUAGUCCACGGCAUACACCUGCUUAGGAUAAUGAAGUACGAUAGACAGGCUUUGGCUGUGAGACGGCAUCAGUGCGAGAACGUGGACGCAGAUCCGCUUGUGUGGACCAACCAGAGGUUUAUGCGGUGGGCGCACAAUAUUGAUUUAGGUGAAUUUGCUGAAAAUCUAAAAGACAGCGGAGUGCACGGUGGUUUGGUGGUUCUCGAACCAUCGUUCACAGGGGAGACCAUGGCAACAGCUCUAGGCAUUCCACCCUCUAAGAGCAUAAUUCGGAGACAUUUGGUCGCUGAAUUCGAUGCCCUCAUCAUUCCAGCCAGGAAUAUGUUCGGCCAUCAAAUCCGAAUGUUGGGUAGACCAUUUUCGAGAUCUGUUGCCACUGGUUUACCGGGUAUUGAUCUCAGUGGAGAUUCUAGAAGACAUAGCUUAAGGGGAUCAAUAACGCGAGCUCUUGGAGUUCUGAAGCCAAAACACGAUCGCACCUCACCCUCCAGUUCAAGCGAGAGUUCCAGCGUCCUCAGCCUCACAAACCAGCCAUACCAGAUGUCGUACUCUCCCCCCAUCGCAGUGAGAACUCUGUCGCAAUUGAGCAUGACGUAUGCGCCGCCUCCAACGCUGCAAGAAUAUGAGCCGAUAUACACACCGCUAAGUUUGUACUCGCAGUCUAGUGUGUCAACGAGGGAUAGUCUGCAGCGGCUGAAUGACAUAAAGGAGAACGUCAGCAUCACGCACAGGUACGGACAGAAAGCUGACCACGCGCACAGGGUAAGUUCGCCGCUACCUGCAAAGUCUGUGGACGACUCUGCUGUCAGACAGAAGCGGCAUAGGCGAGUGAAGAGCAUUGGCGACAUCAAUGCUUGCACCAAGACCUCUGUGUAGGCUGGCCCUUACAGUGUAACGAAACGGUUCGCGCCAAAUUACGUAGAUAAGAAUAAUCAUGAGGAUUUUACGGAAAAGAAUUAAAUUUUUCAUAAUUUCAGAUAUCAACAGUUUUCAUUAAGUAGGUAGUAUGUACCUACUUAUAGUUUAUGGGUCCUGUGGCUGAAAUGAUCACGAUGAUGAUGUUGAACUUUGUCAUUUUCAGCUUGGUAUUUGUUAAAUCAUUCAGUUGACUUCAACUUAAUUUUACCAAACAUAAAAACGAGUAUUCCUAAAAUCACAUUAUUAUUCAAUAUUCACAUCAUAUUUAUACAUAGUGAAUUAUAGUUUAAUCAUAGUAAUAACUUUGGGGUUUGCGGAAUUUGGCGUGAAUUGUAUGAAUCGAUGUUUGCAGCACGCUAAUAUAAAUUUUAGAAGAAUUCUGAAUGUAUAACUUGUACUGUUGUAAUAUUUUUGUAACGUAACGAUGUACCAAAAAGAUAGUCAUAGAAAAUGUACUUGAGAAAAUGCGUGUUGCAGAUUCUUUAGUAUUAAAAUGAGUAAACGCCCUACAUUUAUGAAAUAAACUUCGAGUAAAGUAACAAUACAUAACUGUACAAAUGCAUAUCACAUUCCAAAUCAAAUAUCUGUAUCAUCAUUAUAGACUGAUUUAUAAUAAUAUGUUUUAUCUAAAGUUUUCGAUUACGACAAACCAGUGUUCCAUUUUAUAUUUAGUCAUUAAUGUAUAACUUUUUAGGAAUUCUUAGAUAAGUUCCACACGCGAAACCUAUUUGAUGUUUUAUCACGCUGUAAUGUAGCCACCUCUGUGAUAAAGAAUAAUUUCACGCAGUCAGUAACCUACAUAACCCGAGCUUGAUUUAUGUAUGUAAUAACAAAUAUUAGUCAAUUUAUUAAAACUUUUUAACAAACAUUCCCAUCGAGCUUGAAUAAAAUAUUCACGAAUUUUUGGAUUCCAAUUUUUAUUUGUACGCGUUCCUUUUUUAUGAAACUGUUUGUAUUUUACAUUUUAUUUACGUUUGUUAUUUUGUUGUAUAAUUUAGCCAAAGUUUAUUUUUGUGAUAUAUUAAGUUACCGAUUAUAUUUGGAGUUUUAUAUGAAAUAUAUCUGAAAUAAAGCAGUAAUUGAAAAUUUUAA